AAGAAGCUUAACGGAUGUACCGUAUGUUUGUUGUUUUGAUGGCAUCUACGUGACAGGGGUCGCCUCACGUGCUCUCUUUCGUCUAACAGCUUUGGGCGUAAAAUACUCGAAACUAAUUUGAGGAUUCCCUUUCCAGGCAAACCGAAGAUGUGGCGCAUCACCGAACUGCACUUUUAAAAUAAAAAAAAUGUGUUGAUUGUAUCGCAAUGCAGAUAGUUUGGACACUUUUAUUGGUGCUUCCGAUUUUGGUUGAAGGUUGGCUUUUCAAACCAAAGUACCAUACGGUAACGAUUACAGGAAAGUUCACAUGUGGGGGUGUUCCUAUCAGAAACUGUCUUGUACGACUGGUAGACGAUGAUGUAUUGUUUGACGACACUAUGAAGUCUGGCUGGACCAAUAGUAAUGGCGAGUUUACGCUUACUGGAAAAGGACGAGAUGCAUUCGAUACUAAACCAGAUCCCUUUGCUAAAAUUGAAUAUAAUUACAUCAAUCGAAUGAGAGUAAAGGAUCGCCUUGGUAGAACAAGGUGGAACCGUUCAUCCAAAAAGAAAAACUUCAGUGGCAUAUAUAAUGUCGGUACAGUUAACAUCAACAACGAGCACUGUCGGGCAUAUCUCCACUUCCGAUCUGCGAUCAUUCAUUACCUGGCUCAAUCUGGCAACGGAGCGUUACCAUACAGUUCCCUUAGUGUUCGAUCCAAUGCCCUUUUAACGGCUGGUACCCCAUGGGCUACUAGGAAUUCUGUGCGUCUCCCUGGAGGAUACAGCCUAGACUACGAUACCGCCAAACACGAACUUGCACAUACUGUUCGGCAAACAUUAGAUGGCAGUUUUGGUCACUUCCUAUACGAUGUUAUCAGGUUCAAAUAUGCUCAAACUCACUCCUGCAACAAAUUCACCAACUUUGGCUUUGCGUUCAAUGAGGGAUGGGCGGAAUAUUGGGAAGGUCAAUGCAGUUGUGUCACCAGUGGUGGCUCAGACAUGCGCUACGAGGGAAAUGUCGCCGCCUGUCUUUGUAAACUAGCAGCCUGCAAGGGACACACGAGGAUGUGGAACGUUGUGGAAUCCUAUCCGAAACAGAUUCAUUCGUAUAGCUCGUUCAAGUCCAGACUCUAUGCAAAAUACCCUGGAGUGUGCCCUGGAAUUUCACCUUGUUAAUGAAUUAUCCCGCAAUAUAUUGGGUCAUCUGAUCACAACCAAAACAUUAAUCAACUCCGGAUCCUUCGUCUAUUCUCAAAACCCAUUUGAACUGCUGGCUCAAGGCCGUAGUCUUUAUAUAUACCUCAGAAGGGGCCCCCUCAGAAGACAGACAUCACACAACAAGCAUAUGCCGCACCGGAUAUGUGCAUUUAUGCUGACAUUGCAUUCCUCAAGUCUGAGUAAUCAACAAUUGUGUAUUAUUUAUUUCAAGACAGAUUUAUGGAC